CCUCCCCCUGGGUGAGUCAGGCUCCCUCAGACCUGAGGACCGGUGUUUUCCUCCACAGAGCCGAGCUGGGAAAAAUGGAGCUUGUGCCUUUAAGGCGCCCGACUGCCUGUCGCUUUGUGCUGCGGAGAGACUGACGCCCUGUGGACACAGUGGACACUUGAGCGGUGGCAGGAACCCCAUCCUGGAGAAGUUCAAAGAGAAAGCACAAGUCGGUCCUUUGGAGAACAGAGACGCUGAACGGCUGUGAAACCGCGCUGUGUUGGAAGGUGGUGACCCGUCAGGAUGAGGCCUGGUCAGCUGAUCCUCCCCGUCACAGCAGCUCUCCUCUUCCUCCUGUCAGGGCUGUCUCUGACCUCUGGGUGCAACAAAGCCCUCUGUGCCAGCGACGUCAGCAAGUGUCUCAUCCAGGAGCUUUGCCAGUGCCGUCCGUCGGAUGGGAACUGUUCCUGCUGCAAAGACUGCAUGCUGUGCCUGGGAACUCUCUGGGAGGAGUGUUGCGACUGCGUGGGGAUGUGCAACCCUAGGAACUACAGUGACUCCCCUGCCACGUCAAAGAGCACGGUGGAGGAGCUCCACCGCCCCAUCCCGUCGCUGUUCCGCGCUCUCACCGAGGGCGACGCGCCCAUAAACAUGAUGGUGGUGACCUUCCCUGUGGCGGAGGAACUCUCGCAUCACGAGAACCUGGUUUCCUUCCUGGAGUCGCUGGACAGUCAGCAGCAGAACGUGUCUGUGCCCGGCAACAGCAUCCACACUAGCUUCGACGCUCAAGAAAACAUGUGCACGGUGGUCUACUUUGAUGACUGCGUGUCCAUUCGCCAGUGUAAACUCUACUGUGAGUCAAUGGGAGGAUCAAAGUACCGCUGGUUUCACAAUGCCUGCUGCCAGUGCAUCGGGCCGGAGUGUGUGGACUAUGGCAGCAAGGCUGUCAAAUGUUUGAACUGUCUGUUCUGAAGGGUGGGAACAUGUUGGUACCAAAUGUCUGGGCUGCACCAGAGGACUGAGGACCGAGGACCCCGCCGCUGUUACACGUUAGCCUUCCUCCCCUAUUCACCCCUGCAAACUGUUUUCACUCUGCUGUUUCACUGUAUAUUUUUAGACCAUAGAUUUUUACUAGAGGUGUAUAUGAGUAAUGUAUUUUUGCAUUUAUGAUCUGCUAAAUCUCAAUCUUGUGGCCAAAUAAACCAAAAGUAAUUUGGUGACAUUAAACGUUUUGUUACAUUUUAAAA